AUGCGAGAUGUCGAUUUCCAUGAUACCACUAAUAAUACUGCACGAUAUUCGAAGGAAGAUCGCUGGAAUGUUUACCCCAUCAUUUUGAAAGGUCCUUACAUUGCUGGUCUUCAUGCUGAUGGAUCAAUUAAUUCUCUCCCUGAGGAUGAAGAAGUCAGUGGUUCUGGCGAAGCUGUUGGCACUAAAUGUAAAGGCAUAAUUCGCAACAAGAAGACUGCUUCUAAAUCCUCUUCCAAGAAUCCUUCAAAGAAGCGGAAAGCACCUUCUUCCUCUACUUCAAGCUCCCACUCUAGCGAUGAUGAUGAUACUCUUCUCGCUGAAGACCCUUCAAUCACAUCUUCUAUGGAGCAACUUUCUGGCAUCUUUUCUGAUCCCAUGUCUUCAAUUGGAAAUGAGUCACUCACUCGCACCUGCAAUACCAUUAUGGCCCAUGUGUCAUAUGCUGUUUCUUCAGAUUAUCAGAGAAAACUUCGCAAGCUUGAGGUUGAAAUUAAUAAACUCAAGACCCAAGUUUCCACUCAUGAGAAUGAUGCAUCUGAUCUUCACAAGAGGGGAGAUAAAUUAGAAGCCGAAGUUUCUACUUAUAAGAAUCACAUCUCCGACCUUCAGAAGAGGAAUGAUCAAUUAGUUGAGAUUUACAGCCUUAAUGACGAGGCAUCUUCUUUAUUUCGCUCUCUUCAUCUUCCUGUUGAUGAUGACAUUCUCCUUGAGUAUCUUAACGCUUCUCUUGAUAACCUUGUUGAUGAAAAAUUAAAAUCCCUUUCCUUGGAAGAGCUCAAGGAGAAGUACCGACUUCUUAAUAUUGAUCACGGAAAAAGGAUUAAAGAUUUAGAAGCUAGGAUUAGUAUUCUUAUUACUGAGAAGGAUGAAGUUGCUCUUAGAGAGAGUGAUGCUGAGUUUGAAUGGGCUGCUAAGGUCUUAGAUAACGCUAGAAAUGAUUUAGCUGUAAAUGUUAGUCCUGAGUCUGAUCAUGCUCCCUUGGUUAGAGAUAUCCUUUCUAAAAAAGAAUAUGAUGAGAAGGAAUUCCGUGAGAAGAUUGAGAGUCUGGAAGAGAAGUUUUCCGCUCCUAUUAAGAAAGUUUGUGCGGAUCAUGGCAUUCCUCCUUCAACUUAUAAAUUCGUUGAAAUUCCUCUAAAUGAAGAAGAUUCUGAUAUCUCUGACAGUGAAGGAGAAUAUGAGUAUGAUGAGAUUGAGGAGGAGGACAAAGAUUCUGAAGUUGACAAGAUCAAUGAAGAUGACACGAAUGGAAAAUAG